CCACCAUCGACUCUGAAAGUUAGCCCCCCCCCCUCCUCUCCUGUACCUUCUUGACAGUAGUUCUCCCAACACGCGCAAGAUGCAGAAUCCUCCAAUCCUCCCGUCGCUGUCGUCCAUUCAAACCCCUGCAUGCCUUGCAAAUUCUUGCCAUGGUAUCCAGAAUUUGGCGUCACUCCCAGUGCCCAAGAGUCUUCAGAAGCAAAUACUGGCGCCCAUUCAGACGUCUCCUCUCAAUACUCUACUAGGCAUGUCAUGGUCCAAUGAGAAUUUCUCCGCUGCUUCCAAGAGCAAUCAGGCUCGCAACACCUCAAACAAUAGCAUCUAUACUGCGACCCAUGCUCAGAACUCGGAGCUUCGCACUCCUCCUCCAUCGGGCUCCUCGGAUUCAAGCCCUCCCAGCUCCACUCCAACAACUCCUCAAGUUCGGUUCGCCUUCAACAACUCUCUGUCACAGGAUCAUCGCAUGAGCUUCUCGCCCUCCAAACCCUCUUCGCUCAGCACCAACCACAACCACGACAAGACGCAGGAUAAGAGUAAUGUACACACUGAGGAAGCUCCUGUGUAUACUGGCGUGUCGCGUUCUGGACUUAAUGGCCGAUGGAGGGCUCAACUCAGCACUCGUGGCCGAACUGUCCAUUUGGGAACGUUCGCUACUGCUGAAGAAGCUGCAAAGGCCUGGGACAGAGCUGCUGUACAAGAGCGUGGCAAAGCCGCCGUGACGAACUUUAGUUUGUCAGACUACCUCAAUCCGGAUGGAUCUCUCAAGCCGGACGUUACCGCUAGCGCGAAUGCGGGAAAGAAUGAGGAUGGCUCGGGAACUGGGCACAAGACAUUUCGCGGGGUUUACCACAGUGGGACGUAUGGACGUUGGAAGGCUAGAAUCGUUGUUAAUGGGCAGAAGAUUCACCUCGGAACGUUUGCGACAGCAGAGGAAGCUGCAAAGGCGUGGGACUUGAAGGCGAUCGAAUACCGCGGCAAGGGAACCGUCACAAACUUUGACCCAUCGGACUAUGCCGGCGUUGGUCAGGAUGACGGCAAGGCCGAGCCUGGAAGCGACACUGAGUCAAAAAUGCCCUCCAUCGGAUCACUCCUUGGCAAGCGUACGGCCGAUAGUCCCUUGGAGUCCUCGAAGCUUCGCUACGGGUUUCAGCUGCAGACCCACGACGACCGACAGAGCGACGGGUCUGUCUCGCCGACGGUCUGUACCCCAAGAGACCAGCCGUCAUCACCAGAAAAACGAUCAAAGCUUUCUCCUAUCCUUCAGAAGACAACCGCCGCUCUCAGCCUGAAUCGCGCACCAGAGACCGAAUACACCAAGAGCGACGUCAAGAGAGAGACUGAGUGUGCCGUUGCAUCGUUGUUGUCACUUUGCAAUGUUGCAGCAGCGAUGGAGCCCAUCAGCUGUUAGAGCCUGUGACAUAAUGUUAACACAUGAUAACUUGACGAGUUGUGCUGUACCUCUAGAUCUUAUUUAAUCUUAAAUGUGUGCCUGUAUUCUAAUAUUGACCUCGUACCGAAAUACGCGGUCCUUGCCUGAUUACACGACAAUGAUUAAAAUUUUACUGUGGG